GGAUUUUACGUCAUUUCCCCCCGAAGGCAAAGGGAACGUCGGGCGGAAGAGGGUCCGUGAGCGGAUCCGGAAGGGGCGGGCCCAGUGGGCGGGUCCAACCAGCCCCGAGCCUCGUGGAGGCCUAGCUGCCUCCCUGUGGUGUCGGACGUCUGAACAUGGGACUCACCAAGCAGUACCUGCGCUAUGUUGCCAGUGCCGUCUUUGGCCUUAUCGGCAGCCAGAAAGGCAAUGUUGUCUUCGUGACACUUCGUGGUGAAAAAGGACGCUAUGUGGCAGUACCGGCCUGUGAACAUGUUUUCAUCUGGGACUUAAGGAAAGGAGAGAAGAUCCUAAUCCUUCAGGGGCUUAAACACGAAGUCACUUGCUUGUGCCCCUCCCCGGAUGGGCUGCACUUGGCUGUCGGUUAUGAGGAUGGGUCUAUUCGAAUUUUCAGCCUCCUGAGUGGAGAAGGAAAUGUGACUUUCAGUGGACACAAAGCAGCCAUCACUUCCCUGAAGUAUGAUCAGCUGGGAGGCAGGCUUGCAUCUGGGUCCAAGGACACAGAUGUUAUUGUGUGGGAUGUGAUCAAUGAAAGUGGUCUCUACCGUCUGAAGGGGCACAAGGACGCCAUCACACAGGCGUUGUUUCUGCGAGAAAAGAAUCUGCUAGUUACCAGUGGGAAAGAUACGAUGGUGAAAUGGUGGGACCUGGAUACCCAGCACUGCUUCAGAACAAUAGUUGGCCACCGAACUGAGGUGUGGGGGCUGGUGCUGGUGUCCGAAGAAAAGCGACUCAUCACGGGGGCCUCCGACAGUGAGCUGAGGGCUUGGGACAUAGCUUACCUGCAGGAGAUUGAAGACCCAGAAGAACCAGAGCCCAAGAAAAUCAAAGAGUCUUCCCCGGGAAUACAGGACACACAUGAAGCAGAGGACGGUACCCUUGAGAUGGAGGAAGCUCCUGAGGAUCGCAUCCUUACGUGCAGAAAAGCUGGUUCCAUAAUGCGGGAAGGAAGGGACCGAGUUGUGAACCUUGCAGUCGACAGGACAGGCAGGAUUCUUGCUUGCCACGGAACCGAUUCUGUGCUAGAAGUAUUUCGUAUCCUUUCCAAAGAGGAAAUUCAGAAGAAAAUGGACAAGAAGAUGAAGAAAGCUAGAAAGAAAGCAAAAGGAACUUCUUGCAAAGGUGAGGAGGAAGACCUUGAAGUCAGUGUUGAAAUGACUCUGCAAGAUGAGAUCCAGCGGGUGACUAAUAUCAAAACUUCUGCCAAAAUCAAGUCCUUUGAUUUGAUUCACUUGCCUCAAGGCGAGUUAAAGGCUGUCUUCCUGCUGCAGAACAACUUGGUGGAAUUAUAUUCACUGAGCCCGUCCGUGCCAGCGCCUCAGCCUGUCAGGACGAACAGAAUCACCAUCGCGGGUCAUCGCAGUGACGUGCGGACUUUGUCGUUCAGCUCGGACAACAUCGCUGUCCUUUCAGCAGCAGCCGAUUCCGUUAAGAUAUGGAACAGGUCUACCCUGCAGUGUAUUCGCACAAUGACGUGCGAGUAUGCGCUCUGCUCGUUCUUUGUACCUGGUGAUCGGCAGGUGGUCAUAGGAACAAAGACAGGAAAGCUGCAGCUUUAUGACUUGGCAUCAGGAAAUCUGCUGGAGACAAUCGAUGCACAUGAUGGUGCUUUAUGGUCCCUGUCUCUCUCUCCAGAUCAGCGUGGCUUUGUGACAGGUGGGGCCGAUAAAUCUGUCAAGUUCUGGGAUUUUGAAUUGGUGAAAGAUGAGAACAGUACCCAGAAGAGGCUUUCUGUGAAGCAGACCCGGACCUUGCAACUAGAUGAAGAAGUUCUGUGUGUCCGUUACUCUCCCAAUCAGAAGCUGCUGGCUGUGUCUUUGUUGGACUGCACUGUGAAAAUUUUCUAUGUUGACACUUUAAAGUUUUUUCUCUCACUGUAUGGACACAAACUGCCUGUUAUAUGUAUGGACAUCUCAUAUGACGGAGCACUAAUAGCAACUGGCUCUGCCGACAGGAAUGUGAAAAUCUGGGGUUUGGACUUCGGGGACUGCCACAAGUCUCUGUUUGCACAUGACGACAGUGUGAUGUACCUACAGUUUGUCCCCAAGUCUCACCUCUUCUUUACUGCUGGGAAGGACCAUAAGAUCAAGCAGUGGGAUGCGGACAGAUUUGAACACAUACAGACUCUGGAGGGGCACCACCAGGAAGUAUGGUGCUUGGCUGUCAGCCCCAGUGGAGACUAUGUGGUGUCGUCGUCCCAUGACAAAUCUCUGAGACUUUGGGAGAGAACAAGGGAGCCUCUUAUUCUUGAGGAAGAGAGGGAGAUGCAAAGGGAAGCAGAAUAUGAGGAGAGCGUGGCCAAAGAAGACCAACCAGCAGUUCCAGGAGAGACUCAAGGUGACAAUUACUUUACUGGAAAGAAAACUAUUGAAACAGUCAAAGCGGCUGAGAGGAUCAUGGAAGCUAUUGAGCUAUACCGAGAAGAAACUGCGAAAAUGAAAGAACACAAAGCCAUCUGUAAAGCUGCAGGGAAAGAGGUUCCUCUUCCCAUCAGCCCGAUCCUGAUGGCUUAUGGCAAUAUCUCUCCUUCAGCUUAUGUGUUGGAGAUUUUUAAAGGAAUCAGGUCAAGUGAGCUGGAAGAGGCCCUGCUCGUGCUGCCUUUCUCUUACGUCCCCGACAUCCUUAAGCUCUUUAAUGAGUUCAUCCAGCUGGGCUCUGAUAUUGAACUCCUGUGUCGGUGCCUCUUCUUUCUCCUCAGGAUUCACUUUGGACAGAUCACUAGCAACCAAAUGCUUGUGCCCGUGAUUGAAAAAUUAAAAGAAACAACUAUUUCAAAAGUCAGCCAAGUCCGGGAUGUUAUCGGCUUCAACAUGGCAGGUCUUGAUUAUCUGAAGAGGGAAUGCGAGGCAAAGAGUGAAGUUAUGUUUUUUGCCGAUGCUACCAGCCACUUGGAAGAAAAGAAGAGGAAGAGGAAAAAGAGGGAGAAGCUGAUCUUAACAUUGACUUAGAACUGAAAUGCGGUGCCUUUUUCAACUAGGACUUCCAAACUAAGCAGCGGUAGAGUUGGUGUCACCUCUGAAAUAAGAGGUUUAUCACGUUGCAGAAGAUCCCAGGAUGUGCUUCCCAGCUUUGCCGGAGGGAGUUCCAACAUAGGACUGUGGGCUCCACCUCCCUGAGGGACACAGAUUAGUUUGAAAUCUCUCUGUGCUCCCACAGUGAGCCCUGCAGGAGUUGUCCCCUUUAUAUUAGCAGGAGCAGAGAACUUUCGUUUUACCAGAGUUGAAAUUAGUAUUUCAAAGUUUUUAUUUCUUUGAUGUCAAAAGACAUGUUGGGUAAUUGGUUACCUCUUUUGUAUCAGGUUUUACCGCCUGCUGAUACAGUCAGGUGCGUAACUGAUUGUCCUCUGCCCAUAAAUGCAGGCUCUUGGAGGGACCAUCAGAUCAUCUACAACAGCCUCCUUAAAUUGAACUUGCAGUUUGUUUUAUCUGUAUAUAAAGAGAUCCUAAUUGCCAACUGUUUAUAUUUCUCUGAAUAUAGUUGUUUCUAAUUAAAAGAGUAGUCAAGCUGAGAGGCCCGGCUGGGCUUCCAGGUGACUGAUA